AUGGGCGUUCAGGGCCUUACGAUCCGUCACGUGAAGAGCCACUUGCAGAAUUAUCGACGGCAGCAGAAACAAUCGGCCACAAAGAGGCAGGAAGAGAUCUCUAUUCAUGAUUAUGGGAGCUCGAGUAUUCAAACUGAAGUGGGUACAUCCCAACCAGUAAAUCCCGUGCAAGCAGCAGCCGGCCUGGGAGGGCAAUUUGUGGAGCCUGCCAUCACUCCCUGCAAUGGAACCCAAAACUGGAACUCGACUUUGACGCCAAUGCCGACAUAUCAGGGAGACAACUUUAGCAAUCCGCCGUUUCCUCAAAAUGAGAAGAGUUUGCUUGUAGAUGAAGAGAUGCAUUUGCUGAUCUCUUCCGCUGCGGAAGAACAACUCUCUAAUUCAAUGAUGGGGGUGGCAGGCAGCACCCAAGAGAGGGCGCCAUCACUUGGAAGCAGCACCAACCUUGUACUUCAGAUCCCCGAAGAAAUCACAGCAUCUGAUGAGACAUUCCUAGAUCUAGAUGACUGGCCUUCUUAA